UUCAGUCACGGAAAAGAGAACAUGGACACAGGAUGCUACAACAUGAUCACUGAUACACAACUUGUUUUCUUCUCAUCAAUGGAUUUGUACUGAUUUGAAAAGAAUGGAUAAAAUAUUGGUUAAAGAUAGUUGUGAUCUGUACGGCCGACCCGCCCGCAGGACACAAUGGAUAGCGAGUACCCUGGCUUACCACUACGGACUGGAUCGGGGAGUAGAGAACGAAAUUAUAGUUCUGGCGACCGGACUGGAUCAGUAUUUGCAGGAGAUCUUCCACCACAUGGACUGUACAGGAGAUGGGAAGAUAUCCAUGGAGGACUUUAAUAUUCUGUGCGAGAUCUUGGGGUUGAACAAAGACUCUGAGUCGGAGGAGUGUGUGGGGGUCCUGGAUAAUCUGCCCAGUGAGUUUACCUUCAGGCAGUUCCACGCUAAACUCUGCGGAUACUUCAGCACCAAGGCUGGGUCCCAGUAUGAGAACGGGAGGUUACUGGUCGGGAAAGACAGCGAGCAUAUAGAGACUCAGAUCCGCCUGAGGAUCCCUCUGAGGCGGCGAAAGAAGAUGCUAUCUCUGGGGACCGGUGGGAGAGAGAGCCGGGGAUCGUCACCGAACUCAGAUAGACAUUUGCCCGGCUGUCGGCAGCUGCGCGCCUCCUGCACCCGGGAGUGUUACGAGGAGAUUGUGGCUCUGGAGGAAGCAGAGGAAAGGAUAACUAAACUACAGGAUGAGAAUGCCAGUCUGAGGGAGCUGGUGGAGGAUAUGAGGGCGGCUCUACAGAGCAGUGAUGCCCGCUCCCUGGCACUACAGGUAGGACUGUUGAAGAGCCACUCCAAACACGAAUCAGAGGGCGGCUGCUUCAUCGCUCAUCACAAACUAUCUGUCCGGACGACCCACAGCAGCAACAACUGCCAUGGGAACACCAAGACCCACAACCUCAGCCACAUCAAGACGACCCAAAGCAGCAAUCCCAGCAGCCAGCAUGACCCCAGCCAGUACUCUAGCCUGAAGACCAGUAGCCAGUACACUAGCCUGCAGAGCCUCCUCCAUGAGAUUGACCCGAUCCACAGCUCUCGGAAUGGCCAGGUGGAGGAGGCCAUUCUGUUUAAUAAAAAGCUGGAGCAAGAGCUGAGGUCGUCGCGGGAGGCAGUGUCGGAGUUAGAGGGGUGUAACAGGCAACUGCAGGUGGAGCAGGGGGACAUGAGGAGGAAGGUGGAGGAUGCCCGUCAGGCGCUGGUCAGUGGAAUGGGGAAGGUCAAAGAGCUGGAGGCUAAAGCCAGCAGAGUACCAGUCCUACAGAGACACAUCCAGCAGCUGGAGCAGGAGAUCCUCUACUACAGGUUAACACGACUGUACCUUCAGGAAAAAAGCUUCAGUUACUCUACAUGUUAUUCCUCUACUAUAGGUCCAGUUCUACCUAGGUGAAUGAGUCUGGUGUAGUGGUGGUGGAGUGACCUCUAUAGGA